AUGGCUUCCGUCCUCGAACGUAUAGACAAAACACAUCAUAUCUUCGCCGUACCUACUAAAAAGAUCCACGAUGGCGGCGAUGUGCAGACCUUCUUUUCGACAAAAGCCUACAGAGACAUUAUGUCAUUUCUCCUACAGCUAAACCGAGCAAUGUUUCCUCGAAAUAUCGACAACACAGUGCAAACAUGGCAAUUAAACUCCCACGAAGUCGAAUUCUCAGAACCAGUUCGACGCAUACAGCUAUUAUUGUCGAGACUGGAAAGCAUCAUAGAAGAGGCACCACCGGACACAGGUCCCAGACGUUUUGGAAAUAUCAGCUUUCGAAAAUGGUAUCAGCUUGUUGAGCAACGGGCUUCAGAUCUUUUAGAUGAAGCUCUUGGAUUUGAUAUUCUGGGCACCUCGCAGGAUUCUUCCUCUGAGCAGGUACCCGCACGAAAAGAGUUGGAAGCAUACUUCCUUGGGAGUUUUGGUAGCGCACAGAGACUUGACUAUGGCACUGGUCACGAAUUGAGCUUUUUGGCUUUCUUGGCCUGUCUAUGGAAGUUGAGCGUAUUCCCAGAAGCUGGCCCCGGGGUGGAAGAACGGGGUCUUGUAGUUGGGGUCAUAGAGCCAUACUUGGAACUCGUUCGGAACCUGAUCAAAACAUACAACCUCGAACCCGCAGGAUCCCAUGGCGUAUGGGGUCUCGACGACCAUUCUUUCAUACCCUAUAUAUUCGGUUCCGCUCAAUAUUCCCCUGCCAUCGCCGAGACUGACGAGACUCCGACGGAAGGAUCUUUACCUGAUACGCCCGAUCCACCCUCAGUAGUUAAAGAUAACGUCGUGCAGAGAGAACGAAAAGUGAACAUGUACUUUUCCGCCAUUGGCUUCAUAUAUGAUGUGAAGAAGGGUCCGUUCUGGGAGCACAGUCCCAUGCUUUUUGAUAUAUCUGGCGUGAAGGAUGGUUGGGGGAAAAUCAAUAAGGGCAUGAUCAAAAUGUACAAUGCAGAAGUACUCUCCAAAUUCCCCGUGGUGCAACAUUUCCCGUUCGGCUCUCUAUUCAGCUGGGAUCGAGACCCUAGUGCCACUUUCCCUCCACCUACGACACAUUCACAGCAAGUAAACAGAGCCAUAGUCCCACCUGCUACUCAAUCGGCAGGAACUCGUGCGCCUUGGAGCCAGCCAGGCACUUCAAUACCGGGGGCUACUGCGGCGCCAUGGGCAACAUCCACAGCACGAAACCCGCAACCCUCCGUGACUGGUGCUCCUACAGCCACUCGUAUGCCCGUUCGAACUACAUUACCCGAUACUUCGCGAAAUCCUCCUGGGCCAAUGACUCCUACUAGAGCACCAUGGACCAAACCUUCAUAA